AUGCCGAAUCAAGACCGGAAUCAGGAAGUCUUCAUCUUGUUGAACACAACAUAUGAGGCCGUACUGAUGAACGAGCACGAAAGAAUCCCAAAACCCAACAACCAGAAGCCCAAUUGGCAGGACAAUCAGGAUACCAGCAAAUUCUGCCGAUACCACCAGCAGAACAGCCACAACACCGAAGAAUUUCAAUCACCAGAAAGAGCAGACUCCGUUUUAGAGCUUCUGAGAAACUAUGGAGCAUCUCAAACCCAGAUAUCAAAGCUUAUUAGGUCACAUCCAAAACUUAUUUCAACUGAUCCUGAGAAAAACCUUUUGCCAAAGCUUGAGUUUUUCAGCUUUCUUGAAAUUUCAAAAGUGGACCUAUUAAAAAAACUGGCUUUUAAUCAAAAACUUUUGGCAGUCAGCUUGAGAAAUCGAAUUUUGCCCACUUAUAACUUCCUCAGGAGUAUGCUCUCUGAGAAAAAUGUUGGUGUUGUUUUCAAGCUCAACUCAUGGAUUUUCUUGGAAGGUCACUGCAAGCAUGUGGUGCCAAAUAUUGGGCUUUUGAGAGAAUCGGCCAUGCCUCAACCAUGCAUUGCUUUUUUGCUGACUCGUGGUACUCGCGUUUUGAUGGUAAAUCCUGAAAAAUGUGGUCAACUUGUGAGUGAUGUUAAGCAAAUGGGAUUUAAUCUGGAAAAAUCAACUUCAGUGAAUGCUCUGUGUGCAUUGUGUGGUAAGAAUAAGUUGGUAUUGAAUAGAAGUCGCGAAGUUCUUAAGACAUGGGGUUGGUCUGAGGAUGAUUUUCCCUCCGCUUUCAGGAAGUACCCACAGUGUAUGGUUGUCUCGGAGAAGAAACUUAUGCAAGUAGUGGUUCUAUUUGUGAACAAGAUGGGAUGGUCGUCAGGAAUGAUUGCCAAAUAUCCUGUGGCUCUCGGUCUCAGUUUGGAGAGGAGACUUAUCCCAAGGUGCUCUGUUGUUGAAAGGUUUCAUAAACGAGAACUUGAAUCUGGGUUCUCUGCUGAAACCUACAGAGAAGCAGUUCUUGGAGAUUUUUGUGAACAGAUAUCUUGGCCAAGGACCUGA